AUUUCGACGAAUAGGAAGACGUUGUUCACAACUUUAUGAUUACACGAGACAAGCGGAGAGUCCUGUGAACGGAACAGUCUCCAUCCGUAGGCAUUCAACAUGAUAGAAAACUCUGCGAGUAAGCUUUUGAACGGAGAUACCUGUCUUCGCACCAGUAAUGGCAAGAAAUCGGGAAGGAACGGCUUCGUGAAAAAACACUGCUUACACCAACAGCAGAAAUGCCAUCGACCGAAGGAGAGUCACAUUGUGGGGCAUAAUGCAGUACUCUACAAUAAGCCAUUUGUGGAGUCAUUCGAGGAGACUCCUCUGCUCGUGGCUGUGCUCACGUACAUGGGUUAUGGCAUCCUCACUCUCUUUGGCUACCUGCGGGAUUUCCUCCGCCACUGGAAGAUUGAGAAGUGUCGCGUGGCCAGCGAGAGAGAUGAGCAGAAGGACUUUGUUCCAUUGUACCAGGACUUUGAGAACUUUUACACAAGGAAUCUGUAUAUGAGGAUUAGGGAUAAUUGGAACAGGCCCAUAUGCAGUGUUCCAGGGGCCAAGAUGGAUGUUGUGGAGCGCGUUACCCAUGACUAUAACUGGACCUUUGAACACACUGGAACAGUCUUGAAGAAUGUCAUUAACAUGGGCUCCUAUAACUACCUGGGCUUUGCCGAGAAUACUGGGCCGUGUGCGGACUCAGCUGCAGAGGCCACAGUGAAGUACGGCGUGGGAGUAAGUGGCACUAGGCAUGAGAUAGGUAAUCUUGAUAAACAUGAGGAGCUCGAAAAGCUGGUGGCCAGAUUUCUGGGUGUUGAGUCCUCCAUGGCAUUUGGAAUGGGUUUUGCUACCAACUCCAUGAAUAUUCCAUCUCUUGCAGGCAAAGGCUGUCUGACUCUAAGUGAUGAGCUAAACCAUGCAUCUCUGGUGCUGGGUGCACGUCUGUCUGGUUCCACCAUUCGCGUGUUCAAACACAACAACAUGCAGAGCCUAGAGAAACUUCUGCGAGAUGCUAUAGUCCAUGGGCAGCCCAGGACCCACAGGCCAUGGAAGAAGAUUGUCAUUCUGGUUGAGGGAAUUUACAGUAUGGAAGGCUCUAUAGUGCGCUUGCCAGAGGUCAUUGCCCUGAAGAAGAAGUAUAAAGCCUACCUUUACUUGGAUGAGGCCCACAGUAUUGGAGCAUUAGGACCAAGAGGCAGAGGAGUGGUGGACUACUUUGGUGUGGAUCCACAUGAUGUUGACAUCAUGAUGGGCACUUUCACAAAAAGCUUUGGUGCUUCUGGUGGCUAUAUAGGAGGUAAAAAGGAGCUGAUUGACUACCUGCGCACACACUCUCAUAGUGCUAUCUAUGCCACAUCCAUGUCUCCUCCAGUAGCCCAGCAGAUAAUCACUUCUAUGAAAUGCAUUAUGGGAGAGGACGGCACAACACUAGGACAAGAGAGACUCCGUCAGCUUUCUGAGAACACAACCUACUUCCGCAGGAGACUACACGAAAUGGGCUUUAUCAUCUAUGGGAAUGAAAACUCUCCUGUGGUUCCCCUGAUGCUCUACAUGCCUGCAAAAAUUGGAGCAUUUGGGAGGGAGAUGUUGAAAAGGAACAUUGGCAUAGUGGUGGUUGGAUUCCCUGCCACACCCAUAAUAGAGUCCAGAGCACGCUUUUGUGUGUCUGCCGCCCACACUAAAGACAUGCUGGACACUGCGUUAAAUGCCAUCAGUGAAGUAGGAGAUCUACUGCAGCUGAAAUACUCUCGGCGAACCAGGCUAAGUGACGAUGAGGAGGCUGAUCACCUGUCUUAUCUGGUGAGCUAUGAGGACUAAACCAGGCAGUCUGCCAGUUGAGCCCAAAGGUGCACUGACCGUUUAAAUCGGCCUGCUUGUGCUCUCUAAGCCAUUAGUUGGCUGCAACCAAUUGGCAUGUCCUCUCUGAUUGAUAAAUUCCCUAUUUAUUUGUUUGAUUGUUCUAAUAUGAUGGGUGCAUAUAAAUGUCCUCUAUGAACUGUCCUGUGUCCUGUGUUUAAGACUUAUGCAUUCUUACUUGAAAGCAAACAUUCUUUGACUUCAGCUUUUAUCCAAGUGUCUAUUAAAGCAGUGAAGAACCCAGGGUUUGUUUAUCAGCAAAGACACAUGUAUUUGUAUAAUCCAUAUAAUGUUAUUUAUUGUAAAACAAUAGUACAAAGUGUGCGUGUGUGUGCGUGUGUCAAAACAAUACUGGGGAACAACUGUGAAGUAGAAAAAUCAUGAACAAGUGAUUAAGAAUGUGGUAUUGCAUAUUUAGAAAAGCAUAAAGAUGGCAUUGCAAUUCAUUUUACUUCAUAUUCAGAGCCAACAAUUCAUUAAUUUAGCACAAUGUAUAUUGUAUAAUUAUAAAAUUAUAAAAUCUUGAUACUUGUACCCAUUGUCAGCAUGGCAUCUGAGAAAAAACAAUUAAGAAAAAACAAUUUUGGUGUAAAUUUUGUGGAUUCAUUGGAUUUAACUGGCACAGAAUAAUGGCUGAUAAGCUCCUUAUCUUGUGCCAAGAAAUGGGAAAUUACAAGAACAAUAACUUUGUAAUAAUUUUAAAGUCUCUGUUGUGAGCCAGAGAUUGCUUGCCACCUAAGCCAGUUAGUUUCAGAAAAGGCCAGUUUUAGCAAAGGGGGGGUUAUGUGCGUGCGCGCGUGUGUGUGUCCUUGAGUUUUUUAUGCUUUUGUUCUAACACCAUAUAUAAUCUAGGUGGAUUGCAGUGGCAUCACUAAACUUGUUCCUGCACAUUUCUGACCACUUAUUUUUGGAGGCAAAGUCCAUUUAAUCUUUCCGUUCUGGCAGAAAGGUUUCAAAAACAUUUCACUUUUUUAAAUUAUAUUUUCAGUAUAUCAGUUAAUUUAGUAGGAAACAGAUCUACACUGUUUCUGUUCAGUAUAUUGGAACCAGCAAUGUGGAUUUGAUGUUUUCUGCAGUUUAUGAAUGUUUUGAUGGAUGCCUUACUUUACUCCAUGUUGUUGAUGCUGUCAUUAUGUUGCAAGUAAGUGUGAGGGACUGUACAUUUAGCCAAGGCCUCUCACUCAGAAGUCUGAUUCCUCACUGUAUUUUCCCCUGGUGGCUGCAGUGUGGUAUGGAGAUGUACUCAUUGUUUUAAUGGCAUAUAACAUUUUUUUUUUUCUUGUAAAAUGUCUUCAUUUGAAGCUUAAGUUGUGUUAUACCCAUUCUUCAGGCCUCAGAACCAGUUAAUCAGCUCAGAAAAGGCCACCCAAUAAGUAUUUCUGAUAUUAACACUGGAUUACUUUUAACAUGUUGGUGAACAUAGCAUUGCAAAGUUACUGUUGUUGGAAGGCCUCUGAUUUUGCAUUAUUCAGAAUUUUCCUGCUAAAUACAGAGGUUCUUGAAUUUGGAAUGUUGCCAUUUUCUCCUUUCACUUGUGUGCACUCAAGUGCUUGCUGAGGAACAACAAUGUGUGAAUUAUGUGCUCCACCUGUGCAUAUGAUGAUGGCUUGAGAAUGUCCAUUGGAUGUACAGAUUAUUUAUUAUUGAUGUUCAUUCCUUCUGCUGCAUCAAUAGAAGCUUUGUUUUUGUGUGACAGUUCUAAAUAGAUGUGCAUCACCUCAGUGCACCCACUACUGAUGACCAUUAUGUGACGUGAAUGACGUAGGCACUGAGACUACAUGUAUCAGCUUGACUUGAACCCUUUGUAAUGAUACUCUGCUGUUUAAGGGAAGAUAUAAAAUACAAGGGGCAUUCCAUGCUUGUCUGUCUGUACACUCAGUGAUUCAGUUACAGAUCUUCAGAUGAUGUCUCAUUUGUUAUAUGCCCUUUUGUGCAGAAGCUAUUUUUAUUGAAUGUGAUUUGUGAAAAUGACCAUUCUGCUCCAAAAACACAACUAAAUUAAACAAUAUUAUACAGGC